ACGGUCGCUACGGUCGAAGUCGCAUUUGUUUACAAAUGGCGAAUGCACUAGCGGCUCGUUUGAAUGUCACUUUUUUAUAGUGGACACACCUACUUCGUGCGUUCGUUGUGCAAAGCUACAGAGUCGUACGACCGCUGUAACAAGCCGUUCUAGCUGAGUUUUAUUUUUAUUCGCGUCACUCGCAUCAUGGAUAUGAAUCGGCGACGUUACAGAGAAGCGUCGCUUAGGACGUUCGAACCAUUCCUAAAAGAAUACGACUUUCUGCUGCGUUAUAUACUCACCGAGGUACAGCACUUUAAGAAUGAAAUAAAAGCACUCAGGAAGGAAGCACUCAUACUAGUUGCUAACAAUCGCAGCCUCCACCGAGAUCUGAGGCGACAAGUGGAACAAAAUUUAGCGUCAGAUCCGCCCCACAGCAAUCAACUUUUAAGAGAGCUUCAGUCUCAUCUGGAUACGGUUACAGAGGACAAAAAUAUCACAUCCAAGAUGCUACAAACAGCGCUGCAAGAGAUUGAACGCCUUGAAAAUCAGCUAGAGGAAAAAAAGGACUUUGUUGAUAGGGAUACUCUUAACCAAUCUGUGGAAAAAGUAAGGACCGACUAUGAAAAUAGGUACGAGGAAACGUUUCGCGAGUUGGAGAAAACAAAAUGUGAGCUCUUUGAGGCUCAGAAAAGUCUUCACAACACGAAGUUGCGUUUGGCUCGGUACAGUGAACCAGUAUAUGUGAUUGAAAACGAGCUUCAGGAGAAGGAAAAAAAACUAGAUGAGGUUCUGCAGUGCCUGCAGGAAACUCAGGAGAAACUAAUUUUGGCAGAAGAAGAGCGGACCGACGCCAUUUCAAGGCUUGCAGCAGUUGAAGCUCGCCUGAAUAAAUAUUGCACGGAGAGUGCUAACCAUUCACAAGAAUUGAAGUCUUGUCAGGACCGAAGCAAAGCACUGCAAGAACAACUUAGCUCUGCACUGGAGCACGCUGAGGAAAGCGUCAACAUCACAGAACGAGCGCUGCUUGAGAAACAAGAAGCACAGCUGAGGUGUGAGCUUCUGGAAAACGAAGUGAUGGAGUUGAGAACUUCACUCGAAGCUGUGGUGGAGGAAGCUGCCCAGCAUACAGCGAAUGAGGUGGACAAGUUUCGCGAGAAAGGAAACCAACGUAUAAAAGAACUGAUCAAGCAAAUUGGGCAGCUUCAGCAGGCCGUGCAGCAGCAGCAGUCACUCACAGCUCACCUGUCCGAAGAGAACAGCAGACUAAGGGAGGAGACUGGAAUGCUCCAGAAACGUCAAGCCGACUUGAGACUGAACCGCGAUCCUGCUUUUCAGGCACUUAGCCAGACUUUGAUGCAGGCGGAAAGAAUGUGCCAGAAGCAUAGACUUACUGCAGAGUCUCUGCAGGACAAGUUGUUACACCAAGAAAAACAAAGUACAUUCAAGGUAAAGCAGAGGGAGCUGGAGAUCCAACGUCUUCAGAAUUUGUUACAAGAGGCCGAGAAACGUGCUGACCAGCUGCAGCAAUCGAUGGUUGAAACUGAGGACCAAACGGCGGAGCUUCGCCGAAAAGCGCACACUCUAGAAGCAGAGUGUAUUGCACUACGAAAGAGACACCCCGCCGAGGUGACUGCCCUAACUGAGGCGCUCGAUCAAGAGAAGAUAGUCUACAGCAUGAAGUUGCAACAAAUGCAAGACACCUUUGAGAAAAAACUAAUGAAUGCACAGGCACUGCUACAAGCACAGCAGGCUGUGAAUGACAAGUGGAAAACAGAGGCAUCUAGGAUGGCAUCAGAAUUUGAAACGGAGUUGCUGGCUGCCCGAAAAAAGAUAUCUGCAUUAAAAAAGGCAAACAUGGAAUGGCAAAGGAAAGCAUACCACACAGCAAAAGAAACUCGAAAGGAAAAAAGAACAGGACACAGCAUCCAUCAAGAAAGACAUGGAAGUCAAGUAAAGCAGAGUGCAACAAUGCUGCAAGAACGUCGCACAUUAUCUGCAUAGCAGUGGUCUAUGGAUGAGCUACUAUAAUAAAAGUGAGGCUGUUUUUGGAAAACUGCCAUGUUUUGAAAUGGCAGAUUUAUUUCUUCACACUGGUGGCUGCCCUCUCAACGUGGCACUUCAUGGCAGCUGUGCAGCGUGUUCCCAACCGA